AUGAACCAAAAUGGUGAUAAGAACGAAGGCAAGUUGUUUCAACUACCGUCAUUGCCGCCCUGGAAAACACCAAGGUUCAACAAAGCCAACUUUAACAAUUUUACCACACCGCUACGGAAAAGGUCGACAAGGGUAAUAAAUGAUGAUUCGAUGCCCAUAACAGGCGAAGUACUAGAGGAGAGGACUGCAGAUGAUCUCUAUGGGAUAAAUAUGGACGUAGACGAAGUCGACUAUCUGAAUACUUUGAGCCACAUCGAGGAAGAAAAGCAAUACGAUUAUUCACCGUUUUGUGAGCGCAAUACGCUAAGGGAAAGUAGAAUUGACAGUUUUUUGAAAGCCGAAAGGGCAGCACAUUGUCUUGUGUUUCAUAAGGUGGGCCAUCUAGACGGCAUAGACAGCUAUCGACCCGAUAUUGACAUCAUGUGCGGCGAAGAGGCUAAUAAAUAUGACAGUGCGAAUCCGGAGGGCAAUGGUUCAAUGUUGUUAGAGAGUGUACCUGGAUGCAACAAAGAAGACCUGGAGAGGUUAUCAAGGCGAGAAUUUGUAACAAAUUCGAAACCUAAUAUGAGACGGUUGGAUGACAUAAUAAAUCAUGAAACGAACGCCUUAAAAAGUUUCUGGAACGACUCAGGAUUAGUCAAUUCACUCCAAAGUCAUCAUUUGCAUGAAGAGUACCUUCUUUUGCAAGAAGAAUUAAAGAAUGUGUACAAGAUUAAAUGCCAUGACAGAGUGCCAAUAGAAAGUCUACGCGAUAAGUGCAGAAGACACUAUAGCAACGAGGAUAGUUCGUUUCUCUGA